UCUCCUGGUGGGGCACUGGGAGGGCUGGAGACGUGCUUUGCAUUGGCAGGCUGAUGAGGACACGUGUCUCCUCCUUGCCUCCCCCCGCGGGCUCCACGGUACCGCAUUGGCAUCAGUAAAUGCACCUGAAAGCCGACAAGCAACUCCUGGAAACGCUGCCUGCCACCUUAUAACCCAAAAAGAAAGAGAUACAGGCACAGGCCCCGCAAGAACCUGUGGCUCGCCCUUUGUCGUGCGUAAAGCUUUUGCGCACACCGCCGAACCGCCUCAGAGACUGAAUAGGUGCGCUACUUGUCGAGCAUCAGAGCGCAGUGCCAAGAUGCAGAAACGGAGCAGCGACGUCUGAAGGUGACAUGAACCUGGGGAUAAUCGAGAGCAGCAGGCGUACAGUGAACAAGAAGUGGAGAUAGCAACUGAAAACCGUCGGUGUCUUGAAACUUAAAAAAAAAAAAAACUUGCGCUUUUCCUUCGUGGCUUUAUCUAAUGCAGAGAACCAAGAGCUGCAAUCCAAAGUAGCCUCAUCUUUUUUUACUGACUUGACUGGAAGAGAGAAUCACUAAUUAAGCUGCAGACAGGUUAAGAGUCGACAGAGGAGCGAAAAAUGGCGACGUUAAUCAGAAGCAAGCUUUCUAAUAAACUGACAAAUGCAGCCAACGCCGUGUCCAACAAAUCCCAGGCAAAGGUGAGCGGGAUGUUCGCCAGGAUGGGCUUCCAGGCCGCCACCGACGAAGAGGCGCUGGGCUUCGCCGCCUGCGAUGACCUGGACUACGACCACCGACAAGGCAUGCAGAUGGACAUUUUGACAUCCGAUGAGAUGGGAGGAGAAGGGAGCGGAGACGGAGGCGUGCUGGACGGUGACAGCCACUACCAGAGGGACGGCACCGGACCACCGCACUCUGCCUCAAAGGACGGAGGUCCGACGAACGAGUUGACUGAAGUCAGACCACAGAUUACCGCUUGGGAGGCGGGCUGGAACGUCACGAACGCAAUCCAGGGGAUGUUUGUUCUCGGGUUGCCCUACGCCAUCCUGCACGGAGGAUACCUCGGACUCUUUCUCAUUAUUUUCGCCGCCGUGGUGUGCUGUUACACGGGGAAAAUCCUCAUUGCCUGCCUGUACGAGGAGGACGAAGACGGGCAGCUGGUCCGUGUGAGGGACUCCUAUGUGGACAUUGCCAACGCCUGCUGCGCGCCCAGGUUCCCGGCUUUAGGUGGCCAUAUCGUGAAUGUAGCCCAAAUCAUAGAGCUAGUGAUGACUUGCAUCCUGUACGUGGUGGUCAGCGGCAAUCUCAUGUACAACAGCUUCCCCAACAUGCCAAUCUCCCAGAAGUCGUGGGCCAUCAUCGCCACCGCCGCCCUCCUCCCCUGCGCCUUCCUCAAGAACCUGAAAGCCGUCUCCAAGUUCAGCUUGCUGUGCACGCUGGCCCACUUUGUCAUCAACAUCCUGGUGAUCGCGUACUGCCUCUCCAGAGCGAGGGACUGGGCCUGGGACAAGGUCAAGUUUUACAUCGAUGUCAAGAAGUUCCCCAUCUCCAUUGGGAUUAUCGUGUUCAGCUACACCUCGCAGAUAUUCCUGCCGUCCCUGGAGGGGAACAUGCAGAACAGGGCCGAGUUCCACUGCAUGAUGAACUGGACUCACAUCGCUGCCUGCAUCCUCAAGGGCCUGUUCGCCUUGGUGGCCUACUUGACCUGGGCCGACGAAACCAAGGAGGUCAUCACAGACAACCUGCCCCCGACCAUCCGAGCCGUCGUCAACAUCUUCCUCGUGGCCAAAGCUUUGCUGUCCUACCCGCUGCCGUUUUUCGCUGCCGUCGAGGUACUGGAGAAAACGUUUUUCCAGGAAGGGGGACGCGCGUACUUUCCAGAUUGCUACGGAGGCGAUGGACGCCUAAAAUCCUGGGGACUCACUCUCCGAUGCGUCCUCGUCGUGUUCACCUUGCUCAUGGCGAUCUACGUGCCACAUUUCGCCCUCCUCAUGGGUCUCACUGGCAGCCUGACGGGCGCAGGUCUUUGCUUUCUGCUUCCCAGUCUCUUCCACCUCAAGCUUUUAUGGAGAAAGCUGCUAUGGCACCAGGUUUUCUUUGAUGUCGCUAUCUUUGUAAUAGGAGGUAUAUGCAGCAUAUCUGGUUUCAUCCAUUCAAUGGAGGGGCUCAUAGAGGCUUUCAGAUAUAACAUAGAAGAGUAGAUGCAAGCCAUUGCUGGAACUAGAUGUUAACUGCAAACCCCCAUUUAGUGAAAAAAAAGAAUAAAAAAAGCAAACGACUUCCCAGCGAGCGCAGCCCCUCUGCUUAAUUCAUGCGUAAAAGCGCACAGAGCACACGUUUUUCUCAUACAAUACUUGCAUCUACACACACGCGCGGUGAGAGUGAGGGAAUCUAACGCAUCCACAACAAACACACCAUACGGACAAAUACCUGUUGUAUAAAUAUGCCAACAAAAGUACAUAUACAUAUCUUCCAGUGGAGUGAACGUUUACAAUAUUGACCUUAAACUAAAUUCGCAAAAAGUGGCAGUCUGCCUUUUUUGUUUCUCUUGUGGUGCUUCCCCACAUGAGACUUCACUUCAUGUAACGCUCGGGUUUGUGAUGGACAGAUAUAUUGUGACAUAACGAUGAUUAAGAUUCAUUUUAAAGGGAAAAAAAUAAGAAUAAGAACUCAACAAAUGCCACUGUCUUCUAGGUAAUUUGCAAUAUGACGAUGGGUUCUGAAUGUGGUGUUAAACCCAAAAUAAAAUACGACAGAAAACAACACAAUGGCAAUAAUAGGUAGAAAAUCCUUGACUUGCAGUUCGAAAUAUUUAAAAGAAUAGUGGAGUUUCGUUGGAAAUGAGAAAAUUGGACCUUUCCCCUGAUCAGUUUUAAAUACUGGCAAAAAUAUCAGACACACAGCAGCUAUACAAACUAUGCAUUGAAUGUAUGAUAUUUCAGACACACAAACAUGAUGAAACUGGGAAGUGGAAAUUUAAAAAAAAAAACGAAAUUGCGGUUUCUCUGCGUGUUAAUGCUUUCAUCGGCCUUUUGUUCAUUUGUUCGAUAUUUGGCAUUUGUUCUUACUUUUUAAUCGGUAAUAAAUGACUAAAAAAAUCAUGAGUUCAGCCCCAAAUUCCAGCUAAAAGGGGACCCCAAAAUGAAACAAUAAUGCACGCUCAAUUCUAACACAACGCAUCAAAAUAAACACACAUGGCCUGGUUUUAAUUUGAAACGACUUCUGUCUCGAAAAUUCGGUGUCUGAAAAUCUUCAAGAAAAAAAACGAGAUCAUUAGAGAGGAAAAUGUGCAUACAGACAUUUUUCAUUCUGUGCAAUCCAAUGGGUCCUGUGGAAAUGUUAUAAAACCGUAUGUGUAGUGUGUUAUUGUGGUUUCAAAAAGAUGGAAUGUAUAUCUCAAAGUCGUUCUCAUAUAUCGUGAAAUUAAUAUUAAAGAAUAAAGAAAUAAGUGAAAUUAUAUUGUAAAAAUGUGUGUGGUUUUAUGUAAAACGAAAAACGGUCAGAACAUGUAUUUUUUUUCUCUAUAAUAAAAGACAGAAAAUGA